AUGGACCUAGUAAGAAAAGUCGAAGAGCUCAAUGGAGGAUUUAACGAUAUUGGAGUUUUGAAAGGAGACCCAGUACUAAUCAACUUAAGAGACAAUGCUGAACCACACAGUGUACAAACACCUUUGCCAGGGAGACCUUGGAAGAUCAACAGAUAUAUGCAAAUUCAGAGGACACCAAUACCCCCAGUGGAUGUGGACUGUUUUUCACAGGGACUUAGCACUGUGGAAUUCAGCCUGAGACAAGUCAUUCACCUCCUUUUGGAAUCACUUCUGGAGCUGAACCCACAGUUUCAAGACUGCACUUGCACAGAAUAUGCCUGUAGCAUUCUGCAGAAACAGAAGGAUAAAUUGCGAGCAUUUGUUGCUGAAAGUGAAGCACCUACUAAACGUACUGAGCUACGGCAAACUCUGAAAAUGCCUAAGAUGGCACAGUUGGAUGUAGCUUUGUUUAAGUGGUUUAGUGCAAAGCGUUCUGAAGAUAAAUCACCAAACUGGGAAGAUGAUGGCUGGGGAGCCUGGGAUGAAGCAGAAACACAAGAACCCGAAGAAGAAGAAUCCACUUACAAGACACAGACAAAUUACUGGCUUCAAGACUGUGUGUUAUCCUUGUCACCAGCAAAUGAUCUCAUGGUAAUUGCUCGGGAACAGAAAGCGGUUUUUUUAGUGCCAAAAUGGAAAUACAGUGACAAAGGGAAGGAGGAAAUGCAAUAUGCUGUUGGUUGGAGUGGCUCUCUGAAUGUUGAAGAAGGUGAAUGUGUAAGUAGUGCUUUGUGCAUUCCACUGGCAAGCCAAAAAAGGAGCUCCACAGGUCGUCCUGACUGGACCUGCAUCGUGGUUGGUUUUACCUCUGGCUACGUCCGUUUCUACACUGAGAAUGGAGUCCUACUUCUUGCGCAGCUAUUAAAUGAAGAUCCCGUCCUACAGCUUAAAUGCAGAACCUAUGAGGUUCCAAGGCAUCCUGGAGUCACAGAACAGAAUGAAGAACUAAGUAUCCUGUAUCCAGCAGCAGUUGUGACUAUUGAUGGUUUCAGCCUUUUUCAGUCCCUUCGUGCUUGUCGUAAUCAGGUAGCAAGAGCCACAGCAUCAGGCAAUGAGAACAUACAACCCCCACCAUUAGCCUAUAAGAAGUGGGGCUUGCAGGAUGUGGACAACAUAGUUGACCAUGCAAGUGUGGGUAUCAUGACUCUAUCUCCUUUUGAUCAAAUGAAGACUGCCUCCAAUAUAGGUGGUUAUAAUGCUGCUAUAAAGAAUAGUCCACCUACUAUGUCUCAGUACAUUACUGUAGGCUCCAAUCCUUUCACUGGUUUCUUUUAUGCCCUGGAGGGUAGCACGCAGCCAUUGUUGUCUCACGUUGCAUUAGCAGUUGCUAGUAAACUGACUUCAGCAUUCUUUAAUGCUGCCAGUGGCUGGCUUGGUUGGAAGAGUAAACAUGAAGAAGAAACUGUCCAAAAGCAGAAACCCAAAGUUGAACCUGCUACUCCUUUACCUGUGAGGUUUGGACUUCCAGAUUCCCGACGCCAUGGUGAAAGCAUACGUCUGUCUCCAUGUAACACGUUGGCAGCAGUAACUGAUGACUUUGGAAGAGUUCUCUUACUGGAUGUUACACGGGGACUUGCCGUUCGCAUGUGGAAAGGAUAUCGUGAUGCACAAAUUGGUUGGGUUCAGACUGUAGAAGACCUUCAUGAAAGAGAAGCUGAAAAGGUGGAUUUUUCUCCUUUUGGGAGUACUCGAGGACCAAGCAGGGUGGCUCAAUUUCUUGUGAUCUAUGCUCCAAGAAGAGGAAUCCUGGAAGUGUGGAGCACUCAGCAAGGACCCCGGGUUGGAGCCUUCAAUGUGGGGAAACACUGUAGGUUGCUGUAUCCUGGCUAUAAAAUAAUGGGUUUAAACAAUAUGACGAGUCAAGGUUGGCAGUCUCAGACUUACCAGAUCUGUCUUGUUGACCCAGUGUCUGGAAGCAUAAAAACUGUUCAUGUACCUUUCCAUUUAGCGCUAAGUGAUAAAAAGAGUGAACGAGCAAAGGAUAUGCAUCUAGUGAAGAGGUUAAGUGUUUUACUCAAAGCUAAAACUUCAAAUCAAGACAUGAUUGAAGCUGAAGCUAAGGAAUUAAUUCUUGAUAUUAAAUACCCAGCUACAAAAAAACAGGCUUUGGAAAGUAUAUUGGCAAGUGAACGUUUGACGCUCUCCGCUCUCUCAAACAUCACUCAGACAUUGAUGGACACCUUAAAAAACCAGGAGCUUGUGUGUGUUGAUGAAGGGUUGCUCCAAUUCUGUGCAAAUAAGUUAAAGCUGCUGAAUCUUUAUGAGUCAGUCAGCAAACUGAAUUCUUUGAGCAUGCAACCGAGCACUUCACUCUCUCAAAAUGAUUUGGCUAAACUACUCAGGCUGGAUGACAGAGAGUUUGCUAGGCUCCAGGCAUUAUUGGAAAACUACAAGCAAGAGAAUACUCAAGCCACCGUUCGAUUUGCUGAGGAUAAAGAUGGCAUAUUGCCUGUGAAAAUGUUCUUGGAGUAUUUAGAAUAUGAAAAGGAUAUCAUCCUAGUAAAAAAACUAGAUGAAGGAGAAUAUGUGGCUUUAGGCAGCUUUUUUUUCUGGAAAUGUUUGUGUGGAGAGAGUUCUACAGAGGAAAUGUGUCAUAUACUGGAGUCUGCAGGAUUUACCCCUCAGCUGUUGUUGUCUCUGCUUCUCAGUGUGUGGCUUUCCAAGGAAAAAGAUAUUCUAGAUGAACCACAGUCUAUCUGCUGUCUUCACACUAUGCUGUCCCUUCUCAGCAAAAUGAGAGUUGCGAUAGAUGAGUCAUGGGAUUCUCAGUCAGUUUCCCCCUGGUGGCAGCAAAUGCGCACAACCUGUAUUCAGUCUGAAAAUAAUGGCGCUGCCUUAUUAUCAGCACACGUUGGGCACUCUGUAACUGCACAGAUCGCUGACACUGUGGCAGAGAAAAAAUUUUCUCAAACCAUGGUAGGUGCUGACACAGAUUCCUGGGAAGCACUUUCCCUUGAUACUGAAUAUUGGAAACUUCUUCUGAAACAAUUAGAGGAUUGUCUGAUAAUUCAGACACUGUUGCACAGUAAAGUGAGAGCAAGGACAACUAGAAUAUCAUCUCUACAGGCUGAGCCACUCUCCAGACUCUCUGUAAAGAAAUUACUUGAAGGAGGGAAAGGAGGUAUCGCUGACAGUGUAGCAAAAUGGGUUUUCAAACAAGACUUCAGUCCCAUGAUACUAAAGCUGGCACAAGGGAAAGGAGAGACAGAAAGUACAGAGGAACCUGUAGAAAUUGACAAGAAUGUUUCCCUUGAGAAACCAGGAGCAGAGACAGGCCUGGGAACAAUCUUAGAGUUGUUGCAUUUAGCAUACCAGCAGUUUCCUUGUAGUCUUGAAUUGGACAUACUACACACGCAUUGUUGUUGGGAAUAUGUAGUGCAAUGGAAUAAAGAUCCAGAGGAAGCACGUUUUCUUACUAGAUCUGUAGACCACCUCAGAUGCAUUGUUAAUGCCCACAUACAGCAUGGUAUUGCUCUAAUGAUGUGGAAUACAUUUUUAGUAAAAAGGCUCUCUGCUGCUACGUACUUAAUGGACAAGGUUGGAAAAGCUCCAAAGGACAGAUUAUGCAGACGGGAUGUAGGUAUGGGUGAUGCUGCAAUGACAUCUUUUGUUGGCUCAUGUUCAGAUCUUCUUCAAACCUUAAUGGAGGCUGAUGUUAGUAGUGAUGAAAUGCAAGCUCCAGUUUUGGACACAGAAGAUGCCUGGGUGUCAGCUGAAGGACCAAUCUCAAUAGUAGAACUAGCCCUGGAUCAGAAACACAUCCACUACCCACUUGUCGAACACCAGUCAGUGUUGUGUACUAUAUUAUAUGCAAUCAUGAGGUUUUCUCUGAAAAGUGUGAAACCUCUCUCGCUAUUUGACAGUAAGGGCAAAAAUGCAUUUUUCAAAGACCUGACUUCAAUUCAAUUGCUGCCCAGCGGAGAUAUGGAUCCAAAUAUAUUAUCCAUACGCCAACAAUUCCUAAUGAAAGCUGUGAGUGCAGUGGUACAAGUACAAAGCUCAGCACAAAAAGCCAGGCAUCUCCCAGAAGAGGCAUCAUUUCCUUCUGAAAAAGACAAGGAUUGGCCUGCUUUGGCUAUGGAUUUGGCUCAGCACCUUCAGGUCAAUGAGGAUGUGAUCAAAAGGCAUUAUGUAUGUGAACUGUAUAAUUAUGGAAUGGAUCAUCUUGGAGAAGAGGCCAUUCUUCAAGUACAUGACAAAGAAGUGCUUGCAUCACAGCUGCUUGUGCUGACAGGACAGAGACUGGCCUAUGCUUUACUACACACACAAACGAAAGAAGGCAUGGAGCUGCUGGCCAGGCUUCCUCCAACCCUGUGUACCUGGCUUAAAGCUAUGGACCCUCACGAUCUUCAAAACAGAGAAGUGCCCAUUGCAACAACAGCGAAACUAGUGAACAAAGUAAUAGAGCAUUUACCAGAAAACCAUGGGCAAUACAGCCUUGCUUUGCAUCUGAUAGAGGCUGUAGAAGCAAUCUCUUCUUGACAAUGUACAUACUAAACACUUCUGCUGCAAAAUGAGGUCAUGCAUGAUUUUAUACACUAAGGGUCACCUUUAUAAAAGGAAUUCAUGUGGCUUUUGUAAAAUAAACUUAAUUCAGAAACAACUGCUUUUACAAUGGAGUCCAUCUAAGUUCCAUACUAUUGUGCAUAAUAUACGAGGAGCUAGUAAUCUUUGUACAUCUGUCAACUUGUGUUCCACUAUUUAUUUCUAGUUCAAGCACCUGUGCUCCAUUUUAGAUGGUUAUAUUUAACAGCAAUUUUAUUCCACAUUUACAUGUGAGAUUCUAUAUUUCAUACUCUGAAGAAACAUUACAUGUAUUUUCCAUUUAUGCUUGAUUUUUGAACAAGCAGCAGUUGCAUAAAUCUAUCAUGUAAAGAAAAAUAUUAGGCUAUCAUGUCUUGUUUUACUCCAUCAAAGAGAUCUUCAUUCUGCAGGGUCCCUAAUACUUAACCUUCAGGGGAGCCAGUGCUGAUGCAGAAGUUCUCUUCCUGUAACAGCUGUAUAGGAAGCAGGACAAAAUAGCUUUGUAUUUUCACACAAACAGCAUCCUUAAUGGGGAUGAAAUGAGAGAGGAACCUCCCCCAUCAAAGUUCAACUCUUAGAGAAGAAUACACUUAAAAUGAUCAGUGUUGAAACAAACCUCUCUGUAUAUCUGUGGCUGCAUGCCCCACACAAGAUUGGCACAUAAGUUUCCUAGUGCAGCUGUUAUGGAAAUCCUGGUGAAGUUAGGACUGCAGGAGCAAGCUUCUGGACUUCUUACCAGAAAAAUCAUGUAAAACUGAUGUAUUAAUAGAGCAAUGCCAUGGGAUAAUGCAUCCUGUGGGGAGCACGAGUGUGUUAUACAUUAAAAUCACAUUGUUAAAAUGCGAGGGAACUUCUAGAAUACACCUGCAGGGUCUACACAGACUAAUAAAUGUGCAUUAUUGCCCAUGUUGAGCUGAAGAUCUGUAAUACAGAAGGCUUGAGCUUUAUAAAAUCGUGUGUGUUCUACAUAGGACAGUGCCAACGGAUAGCUAUAUUUUGCAGCCAGAAUCUCUUAAGUAUUGGGUGAUAUUUAAGCCAUCAGAAGCAGACCAUUUUAUCAUACUGCAGUUAAGUAUCCAUGUUGUACUCGGCUGUAUGUUUCCUGUGAAAGUUAGAACUGGAAGAAUAAUGGUCACCAAUCCCAUUCUUGUCUUGAGCCUGUACAAGUUAUAAUGGAAACACCUAGCUGACUCUUGCAACUUGCACUUAUCUGCAAUUGUUAACUAUACACACAAAGCUCAUAAAUCUACCUUUUUUAGAUAAGUUUUUGGUGAUAAUAGGAUAUAGGAUUCAGCAACCCACUUCAGUAAUGAUUAUCUUCUCUGAGUUAUUCCCUGCUGACAGCAGCAAACUAUAAAUUUUCAUAGGAGCUAGGACUGUCACACCACAAGAAGGGUUUAUUUGAAAUAAACUAUCUGUCUGAGGUUUGCUUAUUCAGUAUUCUUAGCUAUGAACUUACAGAAAUCAGUGUGCAAUGCUACAUCACUUUUUGUAAUAUGGAAGGUUUUUUAAAACAAUUCCAUUUUGCAUUUAAAAGAAUGUUGCUACAAUUAUUUUAUACCUACUAUUGCUCUGAGAUUAUGGCUACCAUGAAAGCAAAUAACUAAUCUGCCAAUGUUAUGUUUCAGAACACUAACAUGUUACAUAUAGGCAAGAGACAGAUGGAUGUUUGAGAUGUUACAGGUUACUCCAGGCCUUGUUGUCUAAUGCCUUGUCUAGAAUGCACUUCAACAUACUGUAGAUAGUAAUGGAUUUUGAGGGCCUACUGUCCACUAUGAAACCUGCUUUAGCUAACACAUUUAGGGCUGUUUCUUGUAUCCAUUAAAUUCCUUUAUGCUACCAGCACAGCAUAAAGGAACUUAGUGUAAUUGAGAAUCAAGGCCAAAGAGGUUAUAUGAAACACUUUACACCAAACCUGUAAUGUAUUGUAAGUAAUAAGAUUAUGUAUAUACUGCUAUUUUCUGUCACUUGCUGUGGAUCUGUGUAAAUCAAAUAAACUUAGGAUUUGAUUCUA